AUGGAAAAUUCACAAAAUACACGAAGGCCAAGUAUAGUGGUUAAACAAGUGGAUGUAAAAGCUGAAAUAAUGACAAUGGAACUCCCCAACUGUCGAGGUUUGCCGACAAUCCCCAAAGCACCUAGAAUACUGCGCACAAGGGUAUUUUUCAAUCAAAUAAAAGCGGGACUGAAAGAGCAUAUAGAAUGGCAUACCACUCAAUUGCAACAAGCGGAAUUAGAUCAAGAUACAGUUUCAGCAAGUAAGGCUUCAGAGAAUGUUAACCAAUUACAGCACAGACUAAAUACAAUUCUUUGUCUAGAGCAUGAGUAUAUGAAACACUGGAAAUUGUUCAAAGAAAUACGAUCACGUUCUCAAGGUGAAUUAUACGGUGAAUUAACAAACAUUGGUGGGACAUGUGGGAUGGAAGGUGGGUAUAACGGACUUCAGUCUUCAGUCACAGAUAGUUUAUCGUCUUUAUCAAAAAACAAACUCAGCAAAUCUACGCUAGCCCUAACUGGAUUCGAUGAGUCAGAUUAUAAUCAACCAUUACGUUUCACCUCGUGUGUUAAUUCUCCCCAUUAUAACAACCGGCAAUAUUUUCAUGAGAAUUUUGACACAACCAGUUAUUUGCCUAAAAUAUUAGAAAAACGACCAAAAUAUUCCUCCCUGAUGAAUCUGAUUCGGCAUAAAUCAAAAAAAUCAACAAACAAUUGUUCUGUACAAAAUGAUAAUCGUCCACGUGCUAUCACAACAAUAGAUCACAAAUUGUCAUCCACGCAGUUGGAUAAGCAAAGUAACUUCGAUUUGACAAAGACAUCAAUGAAAGUUACAACACUUUGUAAUAACAAUAACAGCUAUUACAGUAAAGGAUUGAGUAAAUCAAAAAGUAACGCACGUGAAUGCAUACCAACAGAUUUUAGUCUAAAGCAACAGCAAGAGAUCCUCAUAAAACGUUUAUGCCAGAUUGAAGCUCAAACAGAAUAUUUAUCGGGUACACUAAUAUGUGAAGUGAUAGGAAUCAGUGGAUCAACUGCAUCAUUGUCAAGAGAUGUUUUCAAAAUAUCGCUUAAGUAUGGUUCACCGAAUUUAUCUUCAGUAUAUGAAUUACAAACUAAUGAUGAGCCACCAGAUAUUAAACCACUGUUUACAUCAACCAUACCCUUAAAUCAGAAAACUGGUUUCGAUGAUAAGUGGACAGUUACAGGACGUCUGUCGUCUUCUUCUUUUUCUAUUGCCACUUCUGCACUAUCAUCUUAUUCCUCUAAAUCUCCAACCCAUCUUCAAACGUAUUGCUUAGAUGAUAGGGAUUUGAAAUUCCCAGCGCAGAAAUGGGAUCAUACUAAGCAUAUUUUUAAUCCAACCAUUGGUGACGUGUUAACAAUAAAAGCUGUUAUGUUGAAAAGGUUUGGAAAACCGGAGGUGUUUAUACAACAGGCGUGUGAUAUUGUUAAUUUACUGACCUAUAAAGGCCAUCACAUAUCAGUUGGACUAAAACAUUUCACUGAUCUUCAGUUCCACUUUAUCCUAAAGUGGUGCCCUCUAGCUGACACAAAAGAUGAUAGAAUGUUGUUCUACAACUUAUCGGCAGCUCAACUGGCAACUUUUAUGGAUGAACACAAACAAAAAGAAUCUAGUAUAAGAUUUAUUUUAAAUGAUCAGGAAAUAAGUGAAUCAUCGUCUAAAGACGAAUGUCAUCGGAUACGAAGAUUGAAUACAGAUUCUUUUUCUCAUAAAGCAGAUCAUCGAUACAAUAACCAACAUCACUUAUCUAAUCUACUUAGAACUGAAGCUUGUUCAAGUGACUUCAUUGUUCCACAAGAUGACCCAGAUUCUAGUGAUUUAGAAAAUAAAGGAAGUAUAACGAUUUUAACAGUACGAUCUAAUAGAGCGAAUCCGAGUAGACGAUAUGUACCCAAUAAAUAUGUUCCAAAGAUUUCAAAGUGGAUCUCUUUGCCCGACCUUGAAAUAACGCAUGAGGCAAGUGAUUCGGAAAUAAAGUCACAUGUAGUGAAAGUGAUUACUGUACGCACACAACCUGAUACAGGAAUCAAAAAUGGUCAUCAGAACAAUGGCAUCAAUACAGCUACUAAUACCACUAAUGUUAUAAACACCAAAAAUAAUAAUUACAAUUAUCCUGCUUCUAAGCAGCACAAGGAUGAUGAUCAUAUUUACAUUUCUGAAAAAGAUACAGCAAAAAAAGAAAAUAGAACCAAAGACAGAUCACAAGAAGGGUCACUAAUCGAUAAUAACUUUGUACCUGUGAAAAUAGGUUUAUUGCAAACUUCAAGGCCACCAGAAUUGGCAUCAAAAUCAACAAACGGACAAUUGUCUGAUAAAAUAAAUAAACUCAAGGAUAAAGUUGAUGCUAAAAGAAGAAUACAUGGUGAUCAAUCGGGACUUCUCAAGGAUUUGGAUAAGGCACUCACAAAUCUUAUAACGCAGUUAGAGAAGAAUUCAAACCAGUUUACUGAACUUCUCAUGACAGAACAGCCUCAAAGUUACACCUCAUUAUCUGCUUCACCAAAAAAAGCAGACUUUUCAGGAACAUUUGAGGGGAAUACUGACAAGCAAAAUACUUUAAAAUCCCUAUGGGAAUCACUGGCAUAUUUGGAUGAAAUAGAAAAAUCAAAUACCGAAGAUAUUGAGGACCAAGAAACAUCAUCCAUUUCGAGUUCUUUACAUUCACUAGGAAUAAAUGAAGAUACUGGAAUAAAAAACCACAAAAAUGAUCAGGAUAUUAGAACUUCCGGUUGGAAACAGUUUGAUUUAGCACUAAUAUGGCAUUUAAACUAUACCCUACUAUUACUCGAUCGGGUUUACCCUGACCACUUGUUCGUUAACAGUUCAAUAAGUGUAUCUGAAGCUACCGAUCUUCAUAUUUCUCAAAAUACAAUUGAUAAUAAUGUAUAUACUGGAUCACUGAAUACAGUCCGCAAUUCGAUACAUUCAGCUUGGUCCGCAUUAGCGUUAUCAGAGCAGAUCUUCGAGUUUGUGCGACAUAAAUCAUCGGGAAAAUCCAAAUCUUCCAGGCUCUUUUCAUCGGUCCAGCGUGUGCCCCUCUUCUCGCUCCUUACGGUUUGCUGCAUGAUCCUGUCGACCACAAUCAGAAAGAUUAUGGGUGAUUGUUGGCAUCCUUGUCUUACUCCUGUCCUCACUUCAAAGGCUUUAUGAGCUUUCCAUUUUGGAUCGCUUGGGAUGUGGUGUCGUCAUAUAGCUGUUGAAUGAGGUUGAUAAAGAUUUAUGGCACUCCGUAUUGUUGAAGCAACUACCAAAUUACUUGUCGGUCAACUCUGUUGAAGUCCUUUUCAAAGACGAUAAAGUUAAGGUAGAGAGUUAACUAUGAUAAUAACAGGACAAAUUAAUUUCAAGCCAUAUUCAUUGGUGUCACACUACUUCCCAUAUUAGAUUAAAAAGUGUACGUUCACUCGCUUCAGAGUUUGAUUGAUAAUUCAGAAUAGUUUGAUAGAUGGACAUAUGAGCAUACUUAAUACUUAAAUUGAAUACUGAGAUCACAUGACUACAAUCUCAGUAAAUGUAUGAAUAGGAUGGAGAAAAAAAAUGAAAAAAAGGUUUAAGUAUAAACUGAUGUCUAAAUGUAUGAGAAAUUCAGCUUAACACAAU